AUGCCAAACAUAUCACCCAAUAAACCUGGCUCUUCUCAAAAUGAGAAUACUCUUUUUAAUGCGGAUUCGAAUGUCUUCUCCAAUGUGACAGAAUUAAGCAAAAAAGACGAAUCUGUUUCUCUCGAAAAAACAUCUGUACAUGGCAGUUCAUAUGAUUUCUAUCAAGAAGAAACCGGUAUUUUUAAUAGGUUUAUCGCGUCAUUUAAGAGGGCUCCUGAUACUACUAGUGAUAGUGGGUCUGCGCAAUUCGAAAAGGACAUUUCAGCUGAAUCGGACAAAAAAUUGAAAAAAAAUAUUAAGCCUAGGCACGUACUUAUGAUGUCGUUAGGCUCCGGUGUUGGAACUGGUAUGCUUGUAGGUAAUGGUAAAGCGCUACAUAAUGGAGGACCUGCAAGUCUUGUGAUUGGCUAUUCGAUAAUGGGUACAUGCUUAUACGCAAUUAUACAAGCCGCCGGUGAGAUGGCUGUUUCCUACAGCUCUCUUGUGGGUAACUUCAAUGCAUAUCCUUCCCUACUGAUUGAUCCAGCCCUCGGAUUUUCUGUCGCUUGGGUUUAUUGUUUACAAUGGCUUUGUGUUCUACCACUUGAACUUGUCACAGCAUCGAUUACAAUCAAGUACUGGACUACCAGUAUAAAUCCUGAUGCAUUCGUGGCUAUUUUCUACACCUUAAUCGUUGCCAUUAAUUUUUGCGGAUCCAAAGGUUAUGCAGAAGCCGAUUUUUUCUUCAACAGCUGUAAAGUAUUGAUGAUCACAGGAUUUUUUAUUCUUGGAAUUAUUAUCAAUUGUGGUGGUGCAGGAGACAGUGGUUAUAUAGGUGGCAAGUAUUGGCACAAUCCAGGUGCGUUUUCAGGCGACAGAGCAAUUGAUCAUUUCAAAGGUGUGGUUUCCACGUUGGUUACAUCUGCGUUCGCAUUCGGGGGUACUGAGUUUGUCGCCUUGACCUCUGCCGAGCAAGCAAACCCUAGGCGUGCUAUCCCAUCUGCCGCCAAACAAGUUUUGUACAGAAUUGUGUUCCUAUUCCUGGGUUCGAUCACUCUUAUUGGCUUUUUAGUGCCAUAUACCUCUGACGAGCUCAUGGGUUCUGGCGAUGCCGCCACACACGCAUCCCCUUAUGUGAUCGCUAUCGCAUCUCAUGGUGUCAAGGUUGUUCCUCACUUCAUCAAUGCGGUCAUCCUGAUUGCAGUUCUUUCCGUUGGUAACUCUGCGCUAUUCUCCAGCUCACGUUUACUGCUGUCGUUGUCACAACAAGGUUACGCACCUGCCAUCUUGCAGUACAUUGAUCGCGAAGGUAGACCGUUGAUGGCAAUGCUAGUUUCAUGCGUUUUUGGUAUGAUAUCGUUCGUUGCUGCCUCGCCUCGAGAGGAAACGGUGUUCACCUGGCUAUUGGCUAUAUCUGGUCUGUCGCAGUUGUUCACGUGGUCGGCUAUCUGUCUCUCUCACAUUAGACUCAGAAGAGCAAUGACUGUACAAGGUAGGUCCCUUGGAGAGUUAGGCUAUAAAUCCCAAACGGGGGUUUGGGGCUCCAUUUAUGCCGUGUUUGUGAUGUUCCUGAUUUUGUGUGGUCAAUUCUGGGUUGCAAUCGCUCCUGUUGGAAGUGACAAAUUAGAUGUCUCCAAUUUCUUUGCAAAUUACCUCGCGAUGCCUAUCCUAAUAGUCCUCUACUUUGGCUUCAAGAUAUGGAAGAAAGACUGGAGAUUAUAUAUUCCGGCUGAUAAAAUCGAUUUGCAUGCGCACAGAAAAAUCUUCGACGAAGACAUUCUAAGACAAGAAGACAAUGAAUACCAAGAAAAAAUAAAGAGUUCCGGCUGGAUCAAGAAAUCCAUGAAUUUUUGGUGUUAA